CCUUUACUGAAUAAGCGUUUUCCUACGGGAGCGUUAUUCUGGCAGCACAAACGGUGUCGGCUGUUUCAGCAGAAUAACUUACAUUCAUCAAAGUGACCCGAGCAAUGAGAAGAGCAAAGAAUGUUACGGAAGCUGUGCUGUGUGAUUCUACUCAUCAUCCAGCGGGAUACAGAAAGUACACAGGUGAUUGGAGGACGCAGGACUGUGGUACAGGGGAAGGAUGUGGACUUAUCCUGCAGACUGAUAGAGACAGACGAGGAGCUUGAACAGAUAACAUGGCAGAAAAGUACUGCGGAAGAAACACAGAACCAUAAUUUUAUGCUGAUUUAUCCCAAUGGGGUUACUAAGUUUAUUGCACCGAAUGGAUUGACAGAUAGAGUCCAGUUUAUUGGGAACCCAUCAGAGAACCUUGGAUCUAUUCGAAUAACAGCUGUCAGACUGUUGGAUGAAGGCACCUUCACAUGUAUCUUCAGUGUUUUCCCCAGUGGAGCAUACAAUACAGAGAUACUUCUGACUGUGCUAGUUCCUCCAGUGGUGAGUGUGACAGUUGAUGUUGCUCCUGUCAUUGGGGAGAAUGAGGUUGUCUUGGCAACCUGCGUGGCUGCUGGUGCCAAGCCACAGGCAGAAGUGACAUGGAAGACCGGUGAAUUCGGCAGCUUGUUGAGGACGGUGACCAACUCCACCCAGCACGCCAACGGCACCACCACAGUACUCAGCCACCUGCUCGGGGUACCAACCAAGGCAGCCAAUCAGCAGCAGGUCCAGUGUGUGGUUAACCAGUCUGCCCUGGUAACAGAGAAGACCUACAACUACAGCAUAAACAUCCACUAUCCACCUCAGUCAUUGAACGUUACACUUAGUGAGGCCUCUAAAGCCACAGUCUUACUAUGUGUAGCAGACGGCAACCCACACCCCAACUACACCUGGAGCAGAGUGGUCCAGCCAUGGCCUGGGUCUUCAGUGAGAGCAGAGGGAGACAAACUGCACUUCCUCAGUCUCAGCUCUGAGCUGAAUGGUCUCUUUGUCUGUGAGGCCUCCAACCCCUACGGACGAGCAAAUGGCUCCCUCUAUGUACACAUAUACUCUGAGACAUCUGCUGCCUGUUGGGUUCUACUGGUCAUUCUAUGUCUGAUUGUUUCUGCUGCACUUGGAUGGUUCUGGUGGAAAUACGGACAGUUUCCUUGGAGUUCAAUAGUGGCCAAGGCACCAGAACAGACUAUAUCAGUAUCUUCCAAGACGAGGAGACAUGACAAGGUUGAGGAAGGUGAAGAUGACUCAUUGGCUGCAACUGUCCAAACCAGGAAGGAGCCUGAGGAAGAGGAAGAAGUAUCAUGAUGUAUGGAACAAUAUACCUUAUUUGUUUUUUGGAAACAUUUUAUUUUUAAUUUGUAUUAUUCCAAAUGUUUUUCAUGUUUGAUAGAUUGUCUGUUCAUUAAGUAUAUUUAUUGUGUUAGCUCGAAGAAACUGCCGGACAGGUUUUAAGUGAAUGCCAGAAAAAUCUCAUUCUCCAAUGUUCUAACCAUCUGCAAAGAAUAGGCACAUUAUCCCGAGUGGAGCAGUGGUCUAAGGCACUAGAGAUCCUGGUUCGAGUACAGGCUCUGUCGCGACCGGAAGACCCAUGGGGCGGCGCACAAUUGGCCGGGUUAGGGGAGGGUUUGGCUGGCAGGGAUGUUCUUCUCCCAUCGCGCUUGAAUGACUCCUGUGGCGGGCUGGGCGCAUGCACGCUGACACGGUCGCCAGGUGUACAGUGUUUCCUCCGACACAUUGGUG